AGGAAAGCUGUUUCCUAUGUGAUGGUGGGGCCAGCUGACAACCACACAAUGGAACCCCCUGACAAUUUCUUCCUUGUGGGUAUCCCAGGUCUGCAGUCUUCCCAUCUUUGGCUGGCUAUUAUGCUGACUGCCAUGUAUACUAUAGUCCUGUUGGGAAAUACCCUCAUCAUGACAGUAAUAUGCAUGGAUUCUACUCUACGAGAGCCCAUGUACUGCUUUCUGUGUGUUCUAGCUGCCGUGGACAUAGUUAUGGCUUCCUCGGUGGUGCCCAAAAUGGUGGUCAUCUUCUUCUCAGGAGACAACUCCAUCAGCUUUAAUGGCUGUUUCAUUCAGAUGUAUUUUGUCCAUGCAGCCACAGCUGUGGAGACAGGGCUGCUGCUGGCCAUGGCUUUUGACCGCUAUGUAGCCAUCUGUAAGCCCCUACACUACAAGAGGAUUCUCACCCCUCAAGUGAUGCUGGGAAUGUGUGUGGCCAUCACCAUCAGAGCUGUCAUAUUCAUGACUCCUCUCAGUUGGAUGGUGAGUCACCUACCUUUCUGUGACUCCAAAGUGGUUCUCCAUUCUUACUGUGAGCACAUAGCUGUGGCCAAGUUGGCAUGUGCCAACCCCAUGCCCAGUAGUCUCUACAGUAUGAUUGGUUCUUCUAUUAUUGUGGGCUGUGAUGUGGUCUUCAUUGCUGCGUCCUAUAACCUGAUUCUCCGGGCAGUAUUUGGUCUCUCUUCAAAGAACGCUCAGUUGAAAGCAUUAAGCACAUGUGGCUCCCACAUGGGUGUUAUGGCUCUGUACUACCUGCCUGGGAUGGCGUCCAUCUACGUGGCCUGGAUAGGGAAGGGCACAGUGCCUUUACACACACAAGUGCUGUUAGCGGACUUGUACCUGGUCAUCCCACCCACCUUAAACCCCAUCAUUUAUGGCCUGAGGACCAAACAAAUAAGGCAGCAAACACUGAGUUUGCUGAUGAGCUGCCUCUUUGGCCACCCCAACCUUGGUUCAUGA